AUGGAGAGGCCUACCCUGGAAAUUAACCUGUCUGAUACUAUUGAGGAAGGAAAGCUUUAUGUAGUUGAUUCCUUAAACAACUUAAACAAGCUAAAUGUUUGUCCAGAUGAAUCUCAACAUUCUCUAGAUGAGGAAGAGAACACUGUUGGUACUGGAGAAAACUUGGCAGGGAGCAACACAAGAAAACAGUGUUUGUUCUUCAUCACCUUUGUUCUUACUUUGAUCGUUAGUUUGGCACUUGUUUCGUUUGUAAUAUUCUUAAUACUUCAAACUAGAAACAAGAUGGACCAAAUAUCAAGCAGACUACUAUCUGAAAAGAAGAACAUAGAAGAACUGAAGAAAAUGAACAAAAUUAUAUUAAAGCAUCUGAAUCAAACAGGAAUUAAGGAAAAGUCUUCUGAUCUUCACAGACACCUGUUUACCCAUGCUGAGCUCAAAAUCCCUGGAGAAUAG